GCAUUUGGUCGUCCUUCAGCAGCGCGUGGCUUGAGAUAAUUGUUUGCUCAUCGUCUGUGAGAUGAGUGCAUCGACUCCUAGCGGUUUCGACCGCUUUAUGACCAUUUUUUCACCUGAGGGGCGCCUUUACCAAGUAGAGUACACCUUCAAAGCCAUUAGUCUUGAUGGUCACUUAUCUGUUGGUGUACGAGGCCGUGAUUGUGCCGUAGUUGCUGCUCAGCUGAAGUUGCCUGACAAAUUGAUCGAUAGGAAAUCUGUAACACGCAUUUUCCGUCUCACUGACUCUACCGGAUGCAUAAUGACUGGUAUGGCACCUGACUGUCGUGCUCAGGUUCAACGUGCCAGAUAUGAAGCCGCAACAUUUAAGCACAAAUUUGGUUAUGAAAUACCUUGUGAUGUCCUCUUGCACCGAAUUGGCGAGAUCAACCAAGUCUAUACACAGUCCGCUGAGAUGAGACCACUGGGAUGUGCUAUGCUAGCCAUAUCUUAUGAUCAAGAACUUGGAAAACCUCAGUUAUACAAAUCCGACCCCAGUGGAUUUGUAGCAGGUCAUCGGGCAGUUGCUGUAGGUGACAAGCAGACAGAAGCAAUGCGUCACUUAGAAAAUGAGUUUCGGAAGCAAGAGAACUAUACUUUGGAAGAAGCCAUCGAGCUAGCAAUUGGUUGUCUUUCACAUACUCACUCAAUGGAAUUCAAAGCUACGGAAUUGGAAAUUGGAGUUGUGUCAAAAGCAGAUCCUGUUUUUAGAAAAUUGACGGUUGAAGAAAUUGAUGCUCAUCUUAUAAGGAUGUCUGAAAAGGAUUAAACAGUCCAAAUCUGUAUAUUUUUUUGACACGGAAUAUAUUUUUCACUUGAUUAUUUUAGACUUUGUCGUAAAAAGUAUGAGAAUACAAUGAAAUUGAAUUUUGGUAUGUCCU